GUUCAUUGACAUUUUAUAAAAUGGCGCGCUACAUGCAGAAAUGAAUGAAGUGGAAAGUCAACAUCCGUUUACGAAAUAAAUGACGAGUAUUCAUAGCUUCAGCCCCAAAACAGGAUUUGUGAUUAAAACCAGGAAUAACAAAGAGGAUAAACUCUGAAUAACUGAUUUGUCCUGGAGGAACAGCGACAACUCCAAGAUGUCAAAGCGGAGAGCAGGAGUUGAACUCACCCAUGAUAACUGGGACCAAGACGAGGAGGUGGUUGAAGAAGCUGGUACGUUUGCUGUUGCGGAUAAUGAGACCUUAUCGCGCCGACCGAUGAUCAGAGCUAAAAGGAGAGUGAAAGGGCAACAGCAGGAAAAGGAAACAAUCUUGCCACCAGCACAGACCCCAUUCGCUGCUUUCAAAGGAUUCUCUGGGUUUGGUGCUUCCACGCAGAGCUCAUCUACGCCAUCCGCUUCGUUCGGCUCCAAACCCGCUUCAUUCAGCUCCAAACUGGAUUCAUCCGCUUCGAUCUGCUCCAAACCCGCUUCAUUCAGCUCCAAACCGGAUUCAUCCGCUUCGUUCGGCUCCAAACCCGCUUCAUUUGCUUCAUUCAGCUCCAAACCGGAUUCAUCCGCUUCGUUCGGCUCCAACUCGCUUUCAUUUGGCUCCAAACCAGUUUCUUCUGCUUCAUUCGGCUCCAAACCGGAUUCAUCCGCUUCCACCGGUGAACCCCAAACAAAGAAAACUGUCACAUUCGAGUCUGCACCGUCAUCGGCGUCCACAUUCAGUUUCAAAGCCAGCACGGACUCGCAACCAUCCACGAACAUGUUUACGUUAGGCAAAACGGACACAGACUCCAAAAGCUCGUCAAACGGGAGCGUUUUCUCUGCGAAGUCGGAGAACGGGAGCAAAGAUAAGGAUGCGUACGCCGAUGAAAUUACGGCGUUGAAUCGUUCUGUUAGUGCAUGGAUACAGAAGCACGUUGAGGGGAACCCUGUAUGUGACUUGACACCGAUUUUUGAGGAUUAUAAAAAGCACUUGGGUGAGAUUGAAGAGAAGCAAGCAAAGAGGAAAGAAGAAACCAAAGGAGGGGAGCAGAAGAACACGAAAGCACAGAUUGGAAUGGGUGCCACCGAGCAAGAAAAGUCUUCCAGUACAACAGCAGCUGCAUUUACAGGAUUCAAGUUCGGUGGGAAACCGGCAGCAACGGAAAGCGAGAAGGCACCUUCAGCUCCGAAAACCGGCUUCAGUUUUGGCGAUAAAUCCUCCUCGGAGACUAAAGGUUUAAGCUUCGGGACACCGUCUUCGUUGUCAUCGUCUUCAUCCAUACUGGGAUCGACUACGCCAAAAUUUUCUUUUGGAACUUUGCCCAAACCAGCUUCCUCAAGCCAAGAUGAGAAAGAAAAACUGGAAGAAGAAUCGGACGAGCCACCAAAGGUCGAAGUUAAAGUGAUUGAGGAGAAAGACGCCCUCUAUUCCACGAGAUGUAAGGUAUUCUACAAGAAAGGCUCCGAGUUCAAAGAGAGGGGCGUCGGGAUGCUGCACGUCAAAGCUUCGGGAGGAACCGCUCAGCUUCUUAUCAGAGCAGAUACUACACUCGGAAACAUCAUCUUGAACAUCGGCGUGGUUUCGAGCAUGCUUUCACAGGUGACCAAACAAGGGAAGAACAAGAACAGCAUUAUGCUGCUCUCUCCUCUUAACCCUCCGGCCGAGAAGAAAUGCCCCAAGUGCAACAAGAACUAUCUGAACCCCCAAGAGAGCACCGCCUGCGAGGAAGGCUGCGCCCCGACUCCCACCCCGCUCCUGCUUCGUGUCAAGACAGAGGCAGAUGCUGACAAACUGAUUGAACAGCUCAAGAAGAUUUGUGAAGAUAAGUAAUGACAAUUAUACCAACCCCUCUCAUGCCAAGACCGAGGCGGAUGCUGACAAACUGAUCAAAGUGCUCAAGAAGAUUUGUGUAGAUAAGAAAUGAUGGUUUACGAAACCAGCCCGUCUCCUGCUUUGCGUCAAGUCUCAGGGAGACACAGACAAAAUUAAAGAGCUCAAGAAGAUUUGCGAAGAUAAGUAUUGACCAUUAUGAUACCAACCCUUUUCCUGCUUUGUGCCAAGACUGAGGUGAAGACGGACAAACUGAUCGAAGAACUCCAGAAGAUUUGUGAAGAUAAGUAAUAAUGAUUUAUAAUACCAACCAACCCCUGUUGUAUGCCAAGACUGAGGUGAAUGCGGACAAAGUGAUCGAAGAACUCCAGAAGAUUUGUGAAGAUAAGUAAUAAUGAUUUACGAUACCAUCCCAUUCCCUGUUGCAUGCCAAGACUGAGGUGAACACGGACAAACUGAUCGAAGAACUCCAGAAGAUUUGUGAAGAUAAGUUAUAAUGAUUUAUGAUACCAACCCAUAUCCUGCUACGCAUAAAGACUGAGACAGCCACUAACAAAUUAACCGCAGAGCUCAAGAAAUUUUGUGAAGAUAAGUAAUGACCAUCAAGAUACCAAAAUCCUCCCCGCUCCAUGUCAAAACAGAGGCAGACGCGGACAAAGGAAUUGAAGAGCUGUAAAAGAUCUGUGAAGAUUAGCUAUCAGGAUUUGCUGGUCUUUUGGAUUUGUGAGAUAAUGGUGGAUGUGACAAAGACAUUUGAAGAUAGAUAAAAGCGAUUGAAGCCUCAUUCAGAUGUGGCUUGACAAAGCUCAGUGGCCUUCUGUCUACAUAGUCAGUGGAAUAUGAGGCAUCAACUAAAAUAUUCAGAGAUGCGGGAUACAGUUAUGUCUCACUUGAAAAAAUUAUGCACAAAUCUAUUCAAAGUCGUGUGCAUGAAUUUUUGACAUUUGACAUCCCAUUGCAUUGCAGUGUCAUUCAUUUGUGCAUGCUAUUUUGUACAGAAAGGCUUGUGGUAUGUCGCAAGGGUUACAGGAAUUGAAUAAUUGAGAAUGUACAAGGGGAUAUUGGUUCUUUAGGAUAUGAAGAUAUAAAACGAAUUAAAGAAUUCAUUUGAAAGAAGUACCAGGUAGAUGAAGUUAUGUGUCAUCAUUCAUGGCUAUUGUUUAAGCCUGUACUUUGUCAUACUAAUUAUGUCAAUUUUUCACAUUUUCUAAGGGGUUUUGGAUAUAUUAGCUAUGUAUUGCCCCAAACCAAGAGUUCAUUUGUGUAAAAGUAAUUCCAUAAAGUAUGAAAAGCUGUUUUGGUACCAUUGGAAAGUAAGUUCCUCUGACCCCUUACAUGUGAGGUUAUCCUGGAAUGAUAUAUCUGUUUUCUCCUUCAUAUGUAGAGUUUAAUAUUACCAUGGCUUCAGCAGAUGAUGAAAUGAAGUAAGAAUGGGUAAAAUGUUGGUUAGAUGAACUAAAAAGUCAAAUGGUUUAUGGAAUUGCCAGUUAAUAGGCCCCCAUUAGGUAUUUAUUUGGUAAUGGUCUGAGUCAACAUAAUAUGUGGAAGGUUUUUCAUCAUGCUCUACCAAAAACUUGCUAUGAAAUUGCCAAAAUGUAAAAAGAGAAAAUUGACUUUGUACCCAAAUUUAUGAAAGAAAUGAAAAACAUUUGUGGUGAUGGUAAGAAACCCAUGGUUUAGUUAAACCAGGGUUAACUUAGACCACAGGUUUAUGGAGUGCCAGUUGUCAACUUCGUCACAAAUUGAAAAUUAUUCUUAUCGUGCUGCAAAAAUUUGUUUGAAAAUUAAUUGAGUUGUGAAAUGGAAAAGAAUAGGAAAAUGUAAAAAUGUAAUGAAUUUUCAUGAAUUAAUUGAUAUAUUAUAAUUGUAAUGAAUAUGGAAGAAAUAUUAUGAUGCCAGCAUUCCAUAGAAGUAUGGUUUAAUAAUCAGAAUACCACCCAUUGGUGGUAUUAGUUAUAAUAUGCCUCGGUCACAUUUGCUUUACAGCGGCCGUACGGCGAGUCGAAAACAGUCAUUUUACUAAUUUUUAUUCAAACUACCUUUAUGUAGCUAUUACAAAAUAUGUUAAAACAGCCGUUUUCGACUCGCCGUACGGCCCCUGUAGAGCAAAUGUGACUGAGGUAUCAGUCAGCCAUCUUGAGUACCCCAUUGAAUAAAACUUGCUAUUAUGGGAACUUUGCCUGUGCCAAAAGAAGUAAUGUACAUGGAAUCCAAGAUUUUGAUUGUCUAUGAGAUAUUAUUCCCUUUGGAGUUACCACUUGAUGGCAAAGUUACCAUCUAUUAUUUAUAUGCAAUGGUGCCAUAUGGGGCCGUGUGUGGAGUCUUGAUAAGCAGACGUGCCCUCUAUUGCAAGCCAAUGAAUGAUAUUGAUACAGUAGUUUGUUAAGCUGUUGAAGACUGAGCUCACAUGCGGGCUGGUAUACAAAUAAUGAAUGUUUAUGAGUGCAAUGGACAGAAUACUUGAUGAGGUGAAAGAUGAAAUGAUCCAUUGAAUGGAUCAUUAUUUCAUCUUUCACCGAAUGAAGUAUCCUGUCCAUUGCACGAAUGAAAACACAUUCAUUAUUUGGUUUAUAUGACACCUAAACAUUGAUUUUUUUCAUAUGAAAAUUUAUGAAUUUCGAUGCAAAACAGGCUCGUGCAGCGCGAGUUUGGUCUGUUGAUUGUUACGUCAUUACAAUAUGCACACAGCUGGUGCCUGCAGCUGCAGUCUCGGUGCGCGAGUGCAAUGGACAAAAUCGUAUGGAUCCAAAAUUGCACGGUUGACGACGUCAUUGCUAAAUGGGCUGAAUGAACGAUAUCAAACAACCAAUCAAAUUACAAGGAUCUAUCUAGGUGUCAUAUAAAGUCUUAUGGAAAACUUGUUUUAGCAAAAUUAUGCAGUAUCCAAUGGGUUAAUGGAGCUUAUAUGCUUUUUGAUAUUUGUUUUUUUUUAAGUUCAUUACUAGACCAGGGGGGUGUUUCACAAAGAUUUAAGCAUGACUUAGAGUCGCACUUAAAUACAGAGUUGUGUACGGUAUGAAAGGCUUGACUGCGUUGGUCAGAUCGUGUCAUGAGAACGCGCACUACUGCAUAUCUAUCAAUAAGAUCGAGCGUUGCAUAUCACGUACGUGUCGGCAUUGACAUGUAAGUGCGACUUAAAGGUAAAUGCUAGUUUUGGUAACGAUAUCAAAAUGAGUUCGUACAGAAUCCAAUGAAAUGACCACCAAAGUGUCUGUUUGUAUAAAUAAAACGCAUGUGCCAAAGGAUUCUGGAAGAAAUUGUGUAAUUGCUGAGAAAUCAGCAAAUAAGCACAGGAUUCGGGUAGAGCGUCGGGCCCGACGCUCAAAGCAAUAAU